UUCGCGACGAUCUCGCAUUCAGCGCUCGGAGCAACGUUUUUUUCGUGGAGGUACCGGCAUCGUAUAGGUUAGCUCGCUCUCACGUUCGAACGUUCGCUCUCCCAUUUGCCUUCCGCGCACCGACCCGAGUGACACGCACUGAUCCAUCAUGUGUGACAAGCAGCCGUACAGAAUCGCCGACCUUUCCCUGGCGGAAUGGGGUCGAAAGGAGAUCACCCUGGCAGAGAACGAGAUGCCGGGGCUCAUGUCGAUUAGGAAGAAAUAUGGGCCGUCCAAGGUGCUGAAGGGUGCACGCAUCGCCGGCUGCCUUCACAUGACCGUGCAAACCGCGGUGCUGAUUGAGACCCUGGUGGAACUCGGCGCGGAGGUGCAAUGGUCAUCCUGCAACAUAUUCAGCACGCAGGAUCAUGCGGCAGCGGCAAUAGCGAAGGCUGGAGUGCCGGUGUACGCGUGGAAGGGCGAGACCGAAAGCGAAUAUAUCUGGUGUAUUGAACAGACCCUCGUGUUCCGGGACGGCAAGCCGUUCAACCUGAUCCUCGAUGACGGCGGCGACCUCACUAAUCUCGUGCACACCAAGUAUCCGCAGUAUCUCAAGGAAUGCCGCGGCCUGUCCGAGGAGACCACCACUGGUGUGCACAAUCUCUAUCGCAUGAUGAAAGACGGUACGCUCAAAGUGCCAGCGAUUAACGUCAACGAUUCCGUCACGAAGAGUAAAUUCGACAAUUUAUACGGAUGCAGGGAAUCGUUGAUAGACGGUAUCAAGAGAGCGACCGACAUCAUGAUCGCCGGUAAGGUUUGCGUGGUGGCCGGAUACGGAGACGUGGGUAAGGGAUGCGCGCAGAGUCUCAGAGCUCUCGGGGGUCGCGUUAUCAUCACGGAGAUCGACCCUAUCAACGCGCUACAAGCGGCCAUGGAAGGAUACGAGGUGACCACGAUGGAGGAGGCGAGCACGAAGGGCCAGAUAUACGUGACCACUACGGGAUGCAAGGACAUCAUCGUGGAGCGUCACUUCAUGAACAUGCCGAACGACGCCAUCGUCUGCAACAUAGGGCACUUCGAUUGUGAGAUCGACGUCGCGUGGCUGGAGGCGAACGCCGAGAAGACCAACAUAAAGCCCCAAGUGGACAGAUAUAAAUUGAAGAACGGCAGGCACAUCAUCCUUCUCGCGGAGGGUCGUUUGGUGAACUUGGGCUGCGCGAUGGGUCACCCGAGCUUCGUCAUGAGUAACUCGUUCACGAACCAGGUGCUCGCACAAAUCGAACUCUGGACGAAGUCGGACCAGUAUCCGAUUGGCGUGCAUAUGCUGCCGAAGAAGCUGGACGAGGAAGUCGCCGCGUUACACCUGAAUCACUUGGGCGUGAAGCUGACGACUCUCACGUCAGAACAGUCCAAAUAUUUAGACGUGCCCGCGGAAGGACCUUACAAGCCCGAUCACUACCGAUACUAGUCGCCAUAACUCGCGUGCGUGAAAAUUUGUAAUAGAACAAUUGUAAUAGAACAACUAAUUCAAUUGUUAUUGUAAUUAUACAAUUGAUUUUGUAUGGCAUUUUUGUUUGACCGAUUAAAAUUGUUCUCUUUUUCUA